AUGGAGCGCACGCCAAUGAGCCUAAGGGAAAUUUGGUCAUUUCUCCUCCAUGCCAUCAUUGUCUCUUCAAUAUACGUUCCAUGGUUGUUGGGAUCUGCUGCUAACUUCUCCAACGAAACAGAUAAGCUUGCUUUGGUCCACUUCAAAAAUCUGAUAACUAACGAUCCUCUCCAUUCCUUGAGCUCCUGGAACCAUACUGUCCACUUCUGCCACUGGCAAGGAGUGACUUGCGGUCAACGACAUCCUCAAAGGGUCACGGCCUUGAACCUCGUUGGCCAAAACUUGGUGGGCCCCAUAUCUCCCUACAUAGCAAACCUCACCUUCCUCAGGAUCAUCAAUUUCACAGACAACAGCUUCUACGGUGUGGUUCCUGAAGAGAUUGGCCAUUUGUUCCGCUUGCAGUAUCUCAGUCUGUUCAACAACACAUUCACCGGAGAAAUUCCAGUAAAUCUGACCCACUGUCCAGAACUCGAAGUCCUCCGUCUUCGCAGGAACCAGCUUGUAGGGAGUAUUCCAGCUGAGCUAGGUUCUCCAUCCAGGCUCACCAUAUUGGACAUUGGUCGCAACAGUCUUACAGGAAGCAUCCCACCUUCACUUGGAAACCUUUCGUCUCUCACAUUCCUUUUUCUUUCGAUUAAUAAUCUCGAGGGCAGCAUCCCAAGUGAGCUCAGCCAGCUGGUAAGGUUAGAGGUGCUUGCAAUUGAUUCUAAUAACCUGUCAGGUAGGAUUCCUCCCUCGCUAUACAAUCUUUCAUCCAUUACCAUAUUGGACGUGGGAGAUAACAGAUUGAUUGGAAAUCUUCCACCCAACUUAGGCCUCGCUCUCCCUAAUCUCCAAAAUCUUUACGUCUCAGUAAACCAAUUCACAGGACCUAUACCGGUUUCAUUAAUCAAUGCUUCGAGACUUGUACUUAUUUCAUUUGCGGACAAUAGUUUUAGUGGAUCCGUGCCUAUGAAUCUUGGAAGCCUCAAGGGUCUCACUAAGGUAUCUUUCAGCUACAAUCGACUUGGAACUGGGAAAGCUCAUGACUUGAGUUUUCUUGUUUCUUUGACCAAUUGUAGUAGCUUACAAAUACUGGACAUGGACAAUAACCGUCUCAGCGCUUAA